CGUUGAUCUCUGUGUGAAGCGGAGAGUCAAUACUGUAAAAGGAGAAGUGGGUCGUAGUGGGCUGUUAGCCGGGUCACAGCGGAAGUACCGGGACGGAGCCGGAUAGACCGGAGGCAUUUCCCCAUUGUCUAAACCUGAUGAGGCCUUUCGUUUAAUGCAAUGCCCAGCCAGAGCAAAGGUUUUCAACAGCAAGAUCUCCCACUCCAAGGUCAACCUGUUCUCCUUGGGGUGGUGACACGUGUACUAGAAAACGUACACCCUCAGCCAGAAUUUUUAUCUAGCCAUCAACAUGUGUGUACAGGAAUGGAUAAUACCAGCCUUUCCUAUACACAGGGAGACCCCUUUCCACAGGAUUACAAGAAUAAUCGGUUGCCAGUUUCACAAAAUGUAAUGUCUAGCAUGCAAGGGGCUAAAGACUUUGCGAGACCACCUCUAAUGGAUUCUGUAAAUGAAGGAGGCUUUCAAGUCAAAGAGACUUCAGGUAGAAGUUGUAGCUCAUGUCACAUUAUAGACCCAGUAAUACAAGAAGACUAUAACACAUAUGAGACAACUCUGCCAGUUAGCAACUCAAGGUCCCACCAGACGGAAGAUCUGCAGAUGCAUAAUUCCAUGGAAGUUUUUGUAAAUCCUGCCAUACCUUACCAAGAGGACAUGGAAACGUGCAAUGACUCAAGCAAUAAUGAACUUAGGAAUGAACCUAUGGAUUCGGAUGAAAAUGGAAAGGAGCAUACACUGGACAGCUGUUCUAGCUGCCGGCCGCCUCCUUGUAGCACCGAUGCCUUUCCUUUGAUGAUGGCUGACUCUGAACACAACCCCUCUACUAGUGGCUAUAGCAGCGAGCAGCCAGCAAAAGCCAAAACUCAGAAGGAACUGAUGAAGAUACUCAAAGACCUGCGCUCUUAUCUCCCACCGGAAAAGCGACUGAGGGGCAAGUCGAGCACUACUUCUUCAUUGCGUCAUGCACUGCACUGCAUCCAACAAGUGAAAGCAAAUGAAGAAUACUAUCAGCUGCUGAUGGUUAAUAAUGAGCACUCGUCCGGCCAGGAUCUGUCGUGCUACACAGUGCAGGAGAUCGCUAACAUCACCUCAGAGUUCACAAAGAAUAAUAUGGAUGUAUUUGCUGUGGCAGUUUCCUUAGUAACUGGGCGGAUACUGUACAUUUCGGAGCAAGCGGCAAUCGUGUUGCGCUGCAGUGCAGACCUGUUCUCCCAGGUUCGCUUUGUGGAGCUCCUUGCGCCACAGGAUGUUAGUGUGUUCUACAGCUCAACUACUCCCUACAGGCUGCCAUCAUGGAGCAUGUGCAAUGGAACUGAUUCCGGGUAUUUGGAUGGUUUGGAAGAAAAGUCAUUUUACUGCCGUAUCGGUUGUGGGCGUGAGUCUCGAAAAUAAAUUUCUUACCAGCCAUUCCGCUUCACACCGUAUCUGAUCCGUGUUCAGACUGAGGAGAGCACCGUGGAGCAGCUGUGCUGCGUACUGUUUGCGGAGCGAGUGCACUCCGGUUAUGAAGCUCCUCGGAUUCCGGCAGAUAAACGCAUCUUCACCACCACUCACACCCCAAGCUGUUUGUUCCAGGAUGUCGAUGAAAGAGCCGUGCCCUUGUUGGGCUACCUGCCUCAAGACCUCAUUGGCACUCCCAUUAUUCUGCAUUUGCAUCCAAGUGAUCGCCACCUCAUGCUAGCUGUGCACAAAAAGAUUCUGCAGUAUGGAGGACAGCCGUUUGACUUUUCUCCAAUACGAUUUUGUGCGAGAAAUGGAGAGUACAUCACCGUAGACUCCAGCUGGUCCAGCUUCGUCAACCCCUGGAGUCGAAAAGUGUCUUUCAUCAUUGGAAGACACAAAGUGCGGAUGGGUCCUGUUAAUGAAGACAUUUUUACGGCACCCAAGCGCUCGGGGGAUCGCUCACUUCAGCCUGAUGUUCAGGAACUCACAGAACAAAUUCAUCAGCUUCUCAUGCAGCCUGUCCAUAAUAGCGGCUCCAGUGGAUAUGGGAGUUUGGGCAGCAAUGGAUCCCAUGAAAACCCAAUGAGUGGCGCCUCAUCCAGCGACAGUAAUGGGAACCUCAAUGAGGACAUUAAAGAGAAAUGUGGUACAGAUCCAGGUCGUGGAUCAAAAGAUCUGGGCUCCAGCAGUAUGAAGGUUAAAGGUCGCCAGAGCGGUGAGGGCAGCCCUGCAGCAGGUGCCAGCCAUAGUGGGAAUGGCUGCAGCAAAGACAUUAAUAGUGAAGGUUCAGGAGUUGCUGCCUGCCCCCCACAGAGUCAGCCGGUGCCAGCAAAGCAGCCCCCCUACUCUUACCAACAAAUAAACUGCCUGGACAGCGUUAUCAGAUACCUUGAGAGCUGUAGUGUUUUGGUGUCUGAUAAACCCGAAGUUGUGUCAUUUGAGAACCUUGCAUCCGAUGACCCGAUCCCAAUGCAAGAAGAUGACCGGCGUCUGUCAGUCAUGACACACAAGUUGCCACCCUUUCCCCAGAACCACUUUCAGAACCCUCUGACUGUUCCAAGUUCUACAAUUAAUCCCAUUUCCGGGGUGCCAAGCGCUAGUCCUGGCCUACAGCCAAUAGGACACUCUGCUACCAUUCCUGGAACUGCUUCCACAUCCCGGUCUGUGCCAGGUUCUCUGCCGCAUCCAUCCCUUGCGUCCCUGCCUGUUCCCAGAACCAGGAUCACACAGCUUUCUAUGGCUGCCAAGGCUGAGAGUGUGGUUUCCCUUACCAGCCACUGCAGCUACAGCAGCACAAUCGUACAUGUGGGAGACAAAAAACUGCAACCAGAAGCAGAAUUGGAGGACGGGCAGUCACAUUCGGAUGUCCCACCAAUUCCACUAGGCAGCACAGAAAAGGAGCCUUAUAAACCGCUUGGGUUAACCAAAGAAGUUCUUGUCGCGCAUACCCAGAAGGAGGAGAAUGAUUUUCUCAGUGGUUUCAUGGAUGUGAAGAGGUUAAGUGCCUUCCAGACUAGGUGCAACACCUACAUGCAUGAGAAACCAGGAGCCCUGCGACCUUCUGCUCCACAAGUUACAGAUGCUGCGGGAAAGAGAACUGGGAAGACUCGAAAGCCUAAAGUGAAACGUGUGCGGCCAGAAUCAUGGGAUAGUAGCAGUUCUGGUGUACCCCAGGCCCAUCGCUGCCCUCUGCCAGGACUAAAUACUACAGCGUGGUCUCAGUCUGACACCUCCCAUGCUAGCUGUCCUCCCCUACCCUAUCCAGUAUUGCCAGCUUAUCCUUUGCCAGUUUUUCCUUCUCCUCAAAUCCCAGUGCCAAAUGAUAAUGGUGUCCCAAUGCCUAAUGGAACUCCAUCCAAUAUGCAGCCUUUCCAUGCCCCUUUGCUUUCACCCAUGGUGGCCUUUGUGCUGCCUAAUUAUAUGUACCCACCUAACCUGCCAUCCAGUGUUUAUCCUGGGGCAGCACCCUCACAUCCAUUUCCAGUUCCUCAACCGUUUUACACUCCGCAGGCAACAUUUCCAUCAGCAACUCCCACUUUCCCCGUUCCCCAACCUGUAUUCACUCCUGCCCAGCAUAACUUCCCUGUUCCUCAACCCUGCUGUGUUCCUGAGACCGUGCAGAGCCCUAGCCCCAUACAGCCCUUCUCAUAUCAAGCCCCUCGUAGUGAACCAAAGAUGAAGGAAGGAGUUUCUCGCUCAUCCACGCUACGGGAUCCUCAGUCCCCCCCUCUAUUCCAGUCUCGCUGCAGCUCGCCCCUUCAGCUUAAUUUGUUGCAAUUGGAAGAGUCCCAAAAGGCUGAUCGGUCAGAGGGAGGCACUGGUGUCGGAGGUGCUGUGAACAGUAUUUUCAUACCUCAGCCCUGUGAAGACCCUGAUAUGCCGAUUCCCCAGGCAGAUUUCCCCUCCGAUGAGCACACUAAUGAUGCUGUGUCUACUGGCAGUGACUUGAUGGAUAUCCUUCUCCAAGAAAACGCUUGCUCUGGAACAUGCUCGGGUUCAUCUGCAGUUUCAGAAUCGCUGACCUCAGGAUCCAAUGGAAAUGGCACAUCUGGGAGUCAAACAGGGAGCAGCAAGACCAGUCACAGCAGCAAGUAUUUUGGAAGUGUUGACUCCUUGGAGAACAAUCAAAAAGCAAAGGGGUCAACAUCUGAAAGUGGUGCAUCUGCUAUGAAGUAUGUCCUGCAAGAUCCCAUGUGGCUUCUCAUGGCCAAUACAGAUGAAGACAUUAUGAUGACAUACCAAAUCCCUUUGCGAGACAUCGAUGCAGUUCUGAAAGAGGAUCGUGACAGACUGAAAUCUAUGCAGAAGCUUCAGCCUCGUUUUACAAAUGACCAAAAGAAGGAGCUGGGAGAGAUUCAUCCAUGGAUACAAAAAGGAGGCCUUCCAUGGGCAAUAGAGACCACAGGCUGCGUUUUGUGUAAGGACAGAAGCUCGGCUUGUGAAGACUAUACAGACACCCUCCAUGAACUGGAGCUUAGCGGAAUCAUGGAGUCAUGUGACUAAAAAGACAAUAAAGAUACAGGGUUCCCUGGCGGUGACCUCCUGCCGUCCAAUGAACUACUGUAUACUCAAAGCGACUACAAACCUGUGAGGAACACUAGUUGUGUGGUCACUACAUCUCAUCGCGUCUGGAUAGCGGCAUUUGGUCGCUUACAUUUUUUUCAGCUAGAAGGACUCUCAUACAAUGUGACUCUUUGUUGGCUGGUGCCAUGUUUACUCUGACUGGUGGGCAUUGGCACACCAAUGUACUGUACUAUGUUAUUUAUUUAUAGCUGGCCUGUCCAGGAUUUUAUGAAAAUGUCCGCAGAUGUAACACUGGAUUACUGCUCUCCCUUAGGCCUCAUGCACCUAACCGUAUUUUCACUCCA